UUUCACAGUUUUAUAUAAACAAAGCUAAUUUCAGUAUGCUGAAAAGGAAACAAAGUUCUAGGGUAGAAGCCCAGCCUGUAACAGAUUUUGGUCCUGAUGAAUCCUUAUCAGACAACGCGGAUAUCCUGUGGGUUAACAAACCAUGGGUGCAUUCUUUACUGCGCAUCUGUGCCAUUAUCAGUGUCAUUUCGGUGUGCAUGAAUACCCCAAAGACCUUUGAGCAUUAUCCUCCCCUGCAGUAUGUGACAUUUGCUCUUGAUACGUUGCUGAUGUUUCUCUACACGGCAGAGAUGAUAGCAAAAAUGCACAUCCGUGGCAUAGUCAAGGGGGAUAGCUCCUAUGUGAAGGACCGCUGGUGCGUAUUUGAUGGAUUCAUGGUAUUUUGUCUGUGGGUGUCCUUAGUUUUACAGGUUUUUGAAAUCUCUGAUAUAGUGGAUCAAAUGUCUCCUUGGGGCAUGCUAAGGAUUCCACGGCCGCUUAUUAUGAUUCGAGCAUUCCGAAUUUAUUUCCGCUUUGAAUUACCAAGAACCAGGAUAACCAAUAUUUUAAAGAACAAGCAUAUUUACUGUUUAUGAAGCUGCAUCUCAGGAAGGUUGGGUCUUUCUGAUGUACAGAGCAAUCGACAGUUUCCCCCGAUGGCGUUCUUAUUUCUAUUUCAUCACCUUAAUUUUCUUCCUUGCCUGGCUUGUUAAGAACGUGUUUAUUGCUGUCAUCAUUGAAACAUUUGCUGAAAUCCGUGUGCAGUUUCAACAGAUGUGGGGGUCCAGAAGCAGUACAACUUCAACCGCAACUACUCAGAUGUUUCAUGAAGAUGCUACAGGAGGAUGGCAGCUGGUAGAUGUUGAUGUGAAUAAGCCUCAAGGAAGAGCACCAGCAUGUCUGCAGAGAAUGAUGAGAUCCUCAAUUUUCCAUAUGUUUAUCCUGAGCAUGGUAGCCGUGGAUGUCAUUGUUGCUGCUAGCAAUUAUUACAAGGGGGAAACUUUCAAGAGCCAGUAUGAUGAGUUCUACCUUGCAGAGGUGGCCUUUACAGUCCUCUUUGAUCUGGAAGCUCUCCUAAAGAUCUGGGGCCUGGGAUUUACUGGAUACAUCAGUUCAUCUCUUCAUAAAUUUGAACUGCUGCUGGUUAUUGGAACUACUCUUCACAUUUAUCCUGUCCUCUACCAUUCACAGUUUACGUACUUUCAGGUACUUAGAGUUGUUCGACUUAUCAAGAUUUCUCCUGCCCUGGAAGAUUUUGUGUACAAGAUUUUUGGACCUGGAAAAAAGCUUGGGAGUUUAGUUGUAUUUACUGCCAGUCUAUUAAUUGUAAUGUCAGCCAUCAGUUUGCAAAUGUUCUGUUUCGUGGAAGAACUGGACAGAUUUACCACAUUUCCAAGAGCUUUCAUGUCAAUGUUUCAAAUUCUGACACAGGAAGGAUGGGUGGAUGUCAUGGAUCAGACUCUCAAUGCUGUGGGUCACAUGUGGGCACCAGUUGUUGCUAUUUACUUUAUUUUAUAUCAUCUUUUUGCUACCCUGAUUCUGCUGAGCUUGUUCGUUGCUGUUAUUCUAGACAACCUGGAACUUGAUGAAGAUUUAAAGAAACUUAAACAA